GUAAAACAUAUUUUUUUGUUUGAAAAUAGUGUAAUUUGAAUAAAAUUGUCAAAUCUCUUAAUUAUUCAUUUUUCUCGGAUUAAAGUUCUCAAAUCUUUCUUUAUUCAUUUCUUAAAUUCAUUUGUAUUUUAGUAAAAUUUCACUCAUUUUAUCACUCAUAUUAUAUUCAAAAAUAUUAAAAAACUAAGAAGCAUCGUUAAAUGUCUUUAAAAAGUAUUUGACUUUUUAAAUUCAAAGAUUAUUGAUUUGAUACGCUAAAUCUCUAUAUGAUUAUAGUUCUUGAAGAUAAUCCAUAAUCAUGCAAUUUUUGAACAAACAACAUAUAGUAUUGAAAUUCGUAGUUAUGAAACUUUAUUAUCGUAUUUCUAACUUUCAUUCUCAGAAUGAAUAUCUAGUAAUUUAAUGGAUAUUUUAUUAUCUGAUCGGUAACUUUUCAUCAGUAAUUUAUUUAAUUACUUGAUGAAUGUAUAUUUUUGAUACAGGGAGUAAUUUAUACGGUCUUGACAUAAACACAAUAGGUACAGGAAAUAGAGAAGAUCUUAACUAUUAGAUGAGUUUAACUUUUUUCACCUUUCAAAAGUUGAAUGCAAAAAGGCAACCUGCUGCCAUUUUCACUUGAUUCUCUAUACGUUCAGAGGUUUCCAAGAUGGCGAAGAAAACGUUAGCGGAUAAAACACCUCAAAACGAGGAUAACGUAAAAAAUAAUGAUGAUAUAUUUAACGACGAUGAAGAACCAAAUUUCAGCGAUCCCGAAGGAUUUGUCGAUGACAUAACAGACGAAGAACUUCUUGGUGAUAUCUUAAAGCAAAAGCCAUCGGAGACAGAUGGAGUGGAAUCCGUGAUUGUCGUGGACGGAGUUCCUCAGGUUGAGCCAGAAAGAUUGGAGAAACUUCAAUCUGUUAUUAGUAAAGUCUUAGGAAAAUUUGGCACAAUAGUGAACCAAUAUUAUCCCAAAAAUGAAAAUGGUUAUACAAAAGGAUAUAUAUUUUUAGAGUAUAAUAAUCCUCUUAAUGCUUUGGCAGCUGCUCAAUCUGUAAAUAAUUACAAAAUUGACAAGCAACACACAUUCAAAGUAAAUCUGUUUACUGAUUUUAAGAAAUUUGAAGAGAUUGCAGAUGAAUGGGAACCUCCAAAACCACAAGAGUUCAAAGCUGCUGCUGAUUUACAUUAUUAUCUUUUAGAACCAGAUGCAUAUGAUCAAUUUUGUGUACUUUGUGGCAAUGGAGCCUCUGUUACUGUUCAAGUCUGGCAGAAUUCUGCUCCUGAACCAACAUUACUUGAAGAACGUUCUCGCUGGACUGAGACAUAUGUUAAAUGGUCUCCACUGGGAACCUAUUUAGCGACAUUCCAUAAAUUGGGUGUUGCAUUAUGGGGUGGCCCUCAAUUUCUGCAACAAGCCAGAUUCAGUCAAAAAGGUGUUGAAUGUAUUGACUUUUCUCCUGGUGAACGUUAUUUAGUAACAUAUACUCCGCGAACUGAUCUUGGUUCUGAUCAAAAACGUCUUGUAAUUUGGGACAUUCUUACUGGACAAGAAAAACGUGCGUUCUUCGCAGACGGUUCUUCAGUGUGGCCUAUAUUUCGUUGGUCACAUGAUGAUAAAUAUCUUGCUCGCAUGGGAGAAGAUGUUUUGAGUGUUUAUGAAACACCUUCAUUUGGAUUAUUGGAUAAAAAGAGUAUAAAAAUUCCCGGUAUCAGAGAUUUUAGUUGGUCUCCCACGGAUAACGUUCUUGCUUACUGGGUACCAGAAGAUAAAGACGUUCCUGCUAGAGUCACUCUUCUUGAGAUUCCAAACCGAAAUGAAAUUCGUAACAAAAACUUGUUUAACGUAGCUGACUGUAAAAUUUAUUGGCAAAAGUCGGGAGAUUAUUUGUGUGUGAAAGUUGAUCGGUUUGCCAAGCGCAAAGAGAAGACAGAACAGAAAUACACGGGUAUGUCAUAUAAUUUUGAAAUCUUUCAUAUGAGAGAAAAGCAAAUUCCAGUUGACAGUGUUGAAAUAAAGGAGCCAAUUCAUGCAUUUGCUUGGGAACCUGUUGGAAGCAAAUUUGCUAUCAUUCAUGGAGAAAUUCCAAGUGUGAACGUUAGCUUUUACGAAGUACGAUAUGGCCAUCAACCAGCUCUUCUUAAAAAAUUAGAAAAAAAGGCUUGCAAUCACUUAUUUUGGUCACCAUCCGGACAAUUUAUUGUUCUUGCUGGAUUAACAACUAUGGCAGGAGCUUUGGAAUUCAUUGAUACUAAUGAUUUUACCAUUAUGAACUCGACUGACCAUUAUCAAACUUCAGAUGUAGAGUGGGAUCCUACUGGACGGUAUGUAGUAACAGCAGUUUCGAGCUGGAAAACUAGUGUAGAUAACGGAUAUUGGAUUUGGACGUUCCAAGGACGUAUCUUAAAAAGAGUUAAUCUUAAUCAAUUUAAUCAAUUAUUAUGGAGACCAAGACCACCAACGUUAUUAACACUAGAACAAAUUAAAGAAAUUAAGAAAAAUUUGAAGAAAUAUUCAGCACAAUUUGAAAGCAAAGAUCGUAUGCGAUUGACGCGUGCUUCAAAGGAAUUAAUCGAAAAACGCUGCGCAGCAAUGAAAGCAUUUGAAGAAUAUCGUUCAAAACGUAUCCAAGAAUGGAAUAACCAAAAGAAGCGACGUUUAGAAUUACGUAAUGCUAUCGAUACCGACGAAUUAGAUUCUGAUUCAAAGAACGUAGAAGAAGAAGUAAUAGAAUUUUUCGUCAAAGAAGAAACAUUCGUCAUCGACGAAAAGUAAAAAAAAAAAAAAA